AGAACAAAAGGCGGGGAUUUAACGUUCAGAAAUUAAAGACGAUAAACCCAAAAAUGGCCUCCUCUUCUUCCCUCCCCGUUCUUUCUUUCAAUCCAAUCCCCAAAAUCAUCUUCGGAUCUUCUGAAAUUGUUGCUGCACCGUUUUCGAUUCAAACAAUUCGGGGAAGCAACGGAAUCUCUUCCUCCAAGUUGCUCGGAAAAUUGACGAGGAGAAGCCUCUCGCGGCGGCUGAAUGCGGCGGGAUUGUCCGAGAUUGAACCCGACUUAAACGAAGACCCUGUAGAUCGUUGGGAAACCAACAGCGUCAGCCCUGAAGAUUUUGAGUAUGGAGUAUACGAUGGACAUCACACUUACUUUGAAGGGGAGAAGAAAGUAUCAAUGACGAGGAGUACUGACCAACUUGUGCUGGAACAUUCUGGGGAGCCAUUGCAGAUGAUAUUGCUGCAGUUGGACCCCCAACAGGCUUUCAGGGCCUCAUCUCUUGGCUCUUCCUACCAGCAGUUGCUGCUGGAAUGUACUUCAAUGUUCCGGUACUUUCAAGCAUACUUUGGAGUGAUUUUUGAAAUGGGGGAGUAUCUAUACAUUGGAGCAGCUAUAUUUACAAUAGUGUUCUGCAUAAUCGAAAUUGACAAGCCAGACCAGCCACACAACUUCGAACCUCAGAUAUAUAACAUGGAGAGAGGGGCUCGUGACAAGUUGAUAUCAGACUACAACACCAUGGACAUCUGGGAAUUCAAUGAGAAGUAUGGAGACUUGUGGGAUUUCACUGUCAAGAACGAUGAUAUAACAAAGACAUGAUUGCCUCCUCAGUGGAUGUACAUUGUAAGGCAAGUGAGAAUUCUUUAUCAAAAUCUGUAUGAAAAUGUAUAUCAUACAAUACAACAAUGUUCUUGGUCUUCUAAUUAUAGUAUUAGUGAAUGUAAAUUGUAAUUAUGAACUGAACUUAUCAUCCGUUUAGCAAGAAUUUUUCUCUUGUAUUUCUUUUAA